UUUAUAAUGGAACCCUGUCCGUGGAUUUUUACUGUCUUUCUCUGACUGGAAAACAUUGGACCACUGGGCCAGUGGCCAGCAUGUUAACGGCAGCCGAACUUCGUAGACUUUGGGCUGCAUCUUGGCCUUUUGGAGAAAAUGACAUCGAGGCAGUAGGUGCUAUGUGUGAUCAAGAUAAUUUAAAGAAAGCAGAAAAUGAGAGGACCUGGUCCCCGCAGAGUAGACCACCUCCAAAUUGCCCAGAAAGAGAAGACCGAGCACACCGAGCUUUGGUUCUUAAGAGAGCUGAAGAUCUCAUGAUAGAACGUGAUGAGGAAAUAAUGAGAUUGAAUAAGCUUCUUUUAGCAGCUCAUUGUCAUGCAGUGCAGGAGGACCAGAAAAUGCUGAAGAAACAGAUGAAGAGGGGUGAAAAAGCAGAGGAACGAAGGCUACACAACAUGAUGGAGGAAGAACGGAUAAGAGCUAUAAAAUCUGAGGACGAAAAGAAGGCAAUUCGGAGAAAGCGUCUUAUUGAAAUUGGGAAGUUUCAAAGGCAGCAAAUGGAAGAGAAGAAGGAGAGGGCGUUACAAGAAAGAGAGCAAGAAAAACGUUUUUUGGAGAUACUGAAGACCCAGAAACAGAAUGCUCAAAUAGCUCGCAUUCGACGGGAGGCCACAGAAAGAGAACGGUGGUGCAAAGAGUGGGAUCGCAAUGAAGGAGGAGGAGGAGGAGACAAAGACCUUCGCCCAAGCCAAACAGAGCCUCAGUUUUUUUCUAACUUUAAAAAGGAGAGGAGAUUUAUGCAAGAUGCUCUUGCAUAUGAGAGAGAAAAGGAAGAGAGACGGAAGCGAGAAGAACUGAAGUUGAUUAAUGACAUUAGGAAGCAGAUAAAAGAAGAAAUGGCAGAAGCAUUAAAAGAACGGCUGGAUCCAAAGGGAAGGGAGCAACGGCUACGGGAAACCUCUGCUAAAAAAAUUCAAAAUUUAAAAGAUUCUGGCCUUGAAGAUAAAUACCUCAACAUGGUGAAACGAAAUCUCCACUACCUACCACCCUUAUGAGAAUGCGACUGGAAUGCCAUGUUGUCUUAGGACAGCAGUCAGUUGCUUUGGUAGGCUUUACCCCCAUCUUUCUUCAGACUGGAUAAUUAACACCUUUAAACUACUAGACACAAUAAUUAUCCCAGCGGGCAGUGCACAGACGGCAGGCUGCAAUACUACGGCUGUUUUAAAAACAAUUUAAAUAGUUUGAUGUUUGCAAAUAUUACAGUGAAGACAACCGAAAAGGAUGGCAUAGGCAAGGAUAGAUAACAGUGCCAUCUUUGUCCAUCAAAAGCCAACCCAGAUGGCUGCAGGAGCCCAUCAACACCGAGACGAUCUGGAAAGUUUUGACUUCUGCAUUGUUACCUUUAGCAACAUCAAAUUCCCAGACCUUUGAGCAUAGAGAAGAAAAUGAAAAUGCAGUGUGUUCUCCUUGGAGUUGGGAAGACAACUACUCCAGUUGGUUGUGCCGCACAUCCUGACCUGAAGGGCUAAUCUAGGGCUGGUUUGUAGGACAUUUAUCGAACUUCAGAAUGGAAGGAGUUGGAAGGUGUGCCCUAUUGUGAUUCAGUAUGCCUGCUGGAGUGCACAUGGCUGAGCUCUGAUUCAGUCUCUUUUGAGACUGAGCACAUUAGUUUACAACCUGCGGAACUGAAUUAUGUAGAAGAUGCAACUUUAAAAAAAAAAAAAA